GUGUGUGGAAUAAAAAUGUGUGAGGCCUUUUGUCCGGCUGGUUCCAAGCAACAGUUCUGCCCUCGGACGGGAGGAUAGGAGGUCAGGGAGAGCAGAAGAAGACACACAUGGCUGCUUAAAGAGAAGCAGAAGAAGAAGAAGAAGAGGCGGAGAGGGGAGGCUCCGGUCCCUUUGACUCCAGAGAUGCAUUAGGUAUUUUGUCAAACUCCCUGACUUUGCUAUCUAAUCCUCAAAUUGUGACUAAAUAUAAUACAUUUCCAGAAAUUCCCUCCUAGGAAGUAUAGGCUUUCUGGUCAGGAAGAAGUUUAAGCCAAGUUUCCUUUGCGUGGAAGCAUAGACAAGUCUAACAAGUGUAACUAAAGAGGAUUAUUGGAGGUGAAAAACAUACUAACUUACUGUUUCUAGCCGACAAGUGAAGUCAGAGUUGUCAAUGGAAACCAGUUUUCUCUCCGAUAUGGACCGAGCCGGCAGCACCUGAACUUUACUGACCAGAGGAGAGGAAGCUUGUGGAGUUCACACAGUGUCCCAAAGGAAGACAGACACUGAGAGGAGGAUGGAACAACAAGCAACACUAGACAUAGGCAAGAUGACCAGCCAGCAGGCUCUGUGUGAAUCCAGUGAUGAGAAGACCAGAAAACGCAUCUCCACUCUCAAAUUGUUUAUCAUGGCACUUUCCUUCGCCUAUUUCUCCAAAGCCCUGACUGGGACCUACAUGAAGAGCUCCAUCACUCAGAUCGAGAGACGUUUUGACCUCUCCAGCACACAUAUUGGACUCAUAGAUGGCAGUUUUGAGAUGGGCAACUUGUUGUUCCUAGCCGUGGUCAGCCAUUUUGGGGCUAAGCUGCAUCGGCCCAGACUCAUCGCCGUGGGCUGUUUCCUCAUGGCUGUAGGGGCCUUUCUCACUGGCCUGACACACUUCUUCAUGGGCCGCUAUAAGUAUGACACAGUCAUUCAGGUUUACCACAAUGAUAGCAUGAACAUUGCGGCCUGUGUGGAUCCUCUGACAACACUGGAGGUACCAGAGAUUCAGAUAGAGCCUUCUGGGGAAGACAACAAAGCAUGUGUGAGAGAGUCUGGUUCCAACAUGUGGAUCUAUGUGUUCUUGGGAAACGCUUUGCGGGGGAUUGGAGAAACUCCCGUCACACCUCUGGGCAUCUCCUACAUCGACGACUUUGCUAAAGCUGAAAACUCACCUUUCUAUAUAGCUUGUCUCCAGACCAUCACUCUCCUGGGCCCCAUGUUUGGAUUCCUCCUGGGCUCCUAUUGUGCCAAACUAUAUGUUGACAUUGGAUACGUUGAUAUGGACAGCGUGACCAUCACUCCUAAAGAUGCCCGCUGGGUGGGUGCCUGGUGGAUGGGUUUCCUGGUGUCCUCCGGCCUCCUGCUCAUCUCCAGUAUUCCCUUCUGGUUCUUGCCUCGCUCGCUGCCCAAGCAGGAGGGUGAAGAGGUCAAAGCAGCUCCAACCCGUGAGACUGUGGACGGGACGGAGGACCCACUCAACAGCAACCACAACCUCAACCUGACUAAAAUCGCAAAAGGGUUCCUUCCAUCGCUGAAGCGCCUGUUGGGAACUCCUGCCUACUUUCUGUUGCUUUGUGGCAGCAUCCUGAAGUUCAAUUCCUUCAUUGGCUUGUUAACCUUCAAAGCCAAAUAUAUGGAGCAACAGUUUGGACAGUCUGCAUCCAGAGCCAACUUCCUCAUCGGUGUGUUAAACCUGCCAGCAGUUGCAGUAGGGAUCUUUCUAGGAGGGCUGCUGAUGAAGAGGUAUAAGCUGAGUGUAGUGUCAGGAGCCCAGCUGUCCUUUGCCACGUCUUUCAUGGCAUACCUACUUCUACUGCUGCAGUUUGGUACCAAGUGUGAUAACAUACCAGUGGCUGGGCUCACCAUCUCCUACAACGGGACACAGGGUAUGUCAUACAAUGGAGAAAUGCUCUUCUCUGAGUGUAACAGAGACUGCGCAUGUUCGGCAGAAGAGUGGGAUCCCGUCUGUGCAGACAGCGGCAUCACUUAUAUCUCCCCUUGUAUGGCCGGAUGCCUCGGAUCCAGUGGAUACGGCAAGAACACAGUGUUUCACAACUGUAGCUGUGUGUCCGCCUCCUAUCCAGCAGGAAGCACGACAUCAGUAAAGUUGGGUCAGUGUCCUCAUGCCAAAGACUGCAGUCGAAGCUUCACCUCUUACAUGGCCAUAUCAGUUCUCAGCUCCUUCAUCAACUCUCUGGGAGCCACACCUGGCUACAUGGUCAUCAUACGAUGCAUCUCACCAGAGCUCAAAUCCCUGGCACUGGGUAUUCAGACCUUGGCAACCAGGACUCUUGGUGGAAUUCCUGCACCAGUGUAUUUUGGAGCCCUGAUUGAUUCAACUUGCCUUAAGUGGUCAAUCAAGAAGUGUGGAGGCAGGGGGGCAUGUCGAAUUUACAACUCCAAUAUGUACAGGAUCAUCUUCCUGGGUCUGAUCACUUGCCUCAGUGGUUCCUCCUAUUUCUUCAUCAUUGCUGUCAUCAUCCUCCUCAGGCGACAGUUUCGGAAGCCAGAGCAGGUAAAUGACGCACAGCAACCAAGACCUCCUAAAGCAAUUGAACUUGGGAAGCCGUCGGCCCCCACUGAGAAGACUAGUGCUAGUCCUAAAAAUCCCAAACCGCCUCCUGCCCCAAAGGUUUCGGUGAUGAUCGCGGCAGACUUGGAGGAAGGAAAGGAGGUUCACGAAACAGAGCAGCUUUCCCAAGAUGAUGGACAUCUUUCUAUAAAUAACACACAGGACCCUAAACCCCUGGCAGAAAAUGCUACUCUUUCUUCCGAUGGAACAAACAUUGAGCUUGUCUGCAGGGAAACAAAUGCACAGGUGGAGAAGGAGAAGCUGGACCAUCACAUAGAUGACAAGAACAAUUUCGAGAAAGAAAGUCAGCAAAAAAACUGAGAACUGGGCCAAAAGUUACCAAAUUGUAAGAGAAGUCCGCAGCUUUUUCAUCUGAACUGUAGCACAGUCUAUGCUAACACUGUUUCCCCCUCUGUUAUUACAGGGUAGAGCUGUUGUUUUACAUUUACUGCUAAAGAUCAAAAUACUUUCAGUGGAUCCAUCUGUGUCCACUGAUGUAGAAAUUUAAUUCAGUAUAAAAUUAGGAUCAUGCUGGACAGGCACACUGACAAAUGUGAUUAUGCAGCAGCUCUGCCAGGCUGAUUAUAGAAUAAAAUUCAAAUACUGUGUCAAUAAAUUAAUGAUUAAA